AAGUGUCCAAGUUCAAAAGAUUUGGUUUGAUCAUUGGUGUAAGCAUUAUAAGACAGAAAGAGUCUCUCAUUUGGGUUCUCCACCAAAGUUCAUAUUAUUGUUGAAUCUAAUGGGUACUCUUUUACUUUGCUUAGUAUUGUCAGUUUUGUUGUACCAAUCUACUACUAAUGGGGAAGAUCAUCAUCAUGAUCAUCAUCAUCAGCUGGAGUUUCUGAGUGGGGAGUUGCUGGAAUCGGCGAAGGAGGCGGAGUUCUUUGAAUGGAUGAUAAAGAUAAGGAGGCAAAUUCACAAGUACCCUGAACUGGGUUUUGAGGAGGAGAGGACGAGUCAACUCAUAAGGACUGAGCUUGAGUCAAUGGGGAUUGAGUAUAAAUGGCCUGUUGCCAAGACUGGAGUGGUUGCCUAUAUUGGUUCUGGUUCUAAACCAGUUUUUGGUCUCAGAGCUGACAUGGAUGCUCUCCCUUUACAGGAAUUGGUAGAUUGGGAUUACAAGAGCAAGAUUGAUGGAAAAAUGCAUGCAUGUGGUCAUGAUACUCAUGUAGCUAUGCUACUUGGAGCAGCAAAGUUACUCCAAGCAAGAAAACAUUCCCUAAAGGGAACAGUAAAGCUAGUUUUUCAGCCAGGAGAAGAAGGUUAUGCUGGUGCUUACCACAUGUUAAAAGACAGUAUUUUGGAUAACAUUGAUGCCAUUUUGAGUAUACAUGUUUUUCCAUCACUACCAUCUGGUGCCAUAGCAUCAAGGCCUGGUCCAAUCCUUGCUGGUGCAGGUCAGUUCUCAGCCACUAUACAAGGAUUGGGUGGUCAUGGAUCUACUCCUCAUCACACCAGAGACCCCAUUAUUGUAGCGGCCUCUGCAAUUCUUUCUCUCCAACAAAUUGUAUCUCGCGAAACCAAUCCGCUUGAAGGCAAUGUUGUGACAGUCGGAUUCAUAAAGGGAGGAGAAGCAAGAAAUGUGAUCCCAGAGUCUGUAACAUUUGGAGGAACUUUUAGAAGCUUGAGCCCUGAAGGUCUCUUGUUCCUCCAAAAAAGGAUCAAAGAGAUUACAGAGCAAGAAGCAUUGAUGCAUCACUGUACGGCCGUGAUGGACUUCAUGGAAGAUCAAUCGGUGCCUCAUCAUCCGGUGAUGGUUAACGACGAAGGAUUGUAUGAACAUGUGAAACAAGUUGGAGAAGCACUUGUUGGGGAAGAUAAUGUACAUGUUUUUCCCUUGAAUAUGGGAUCUGAAGAUUUUAGUUUCUUCUCACAAAGAAUGUCUGCUGCAUUUUUUGUGAUUGGGAUAGGGAAUAAGUGCUUAAAAUCUGAUAAGUACUUGCAUUCUCCUUACUUUUUUGUUGAUGAGAAGGCUCUUUCAAUAGGAGCAGCACUGAAUGCUGCAGCAUCAAUCUCGUACUUGGAUAAACAUGCUUCUAGGAAUGAAACAUAUAUGUGUUUAGCUAAAGAGUAAUAAUGGCCAAAAAUGUGUAAAUAAACAAGAUUAAUAACCACAAUUAUGCAAACCUUGUAUUGAAUUGAAAGAAAAAUGUAAAAUGUGAUUUCAAAU